CUGGGGGUCAAAUUUCUCUGCGCGGGCGGAUCUAAGUAACAGCCAACCCCCAAACAAGCAGAGAUCCCCUGUAUAAACACACUAUGUUCUUCAUUGUUCAAGUCUCCUCUACACAAUUCAUUUAAGAGCACAGAAAAAAGUAAAUAUGGCAGAUGGUGAAAUAGAGAAUACUAUCUCUAGUUCCCUCAACACAGGGAGUGGAACAGGUGCAGCAGUAGAAGUCAAGUUUGAGAAAAACCCCAUUCAUACCCAGAAGUACCUGGAGGCAGAACCCAAAGCAUUAGGGGUAACCCAGAUCAUGCUGAGCCUCUUUGUCAUGAGUAUCGUAUUUUGCACCCCUCUCGAAGAACAAAUGUACUUCAUGACCUUUAAGAGUUCUCUUUGUUCUCUAACUAGCAUAGUAGCUGGUAGUGUGGCAAUAGCAGCACAGAAUCUUCACCUUCCUACACUGAAGGCCUGCUUAGGGAUGCAGAUUGUGGUGUGUGUGCUCUCGGCCUUCUGCUUCAUGAGCAGCUUAUCUUUAUUGGGGCUCUAUAUGUAUACUACCGCCUGCUGGGAGGACUACCACAAUACUACAUUAGGAAAUGACAUGUGUGACAGGCUGUGGAACAUCAUCGAGCAUGUUAUAGGAAUAGAGAUGCUCAUGUAUUUGACUCAGUUCGCUAUCUCUGCCACAUUGGCUGGCUUCUGCUGCAAAGUGAUUCAGUGCUGUACAGUGAGGAACAGUGUGCCUGUCAUUAUGCUGAACGCACCUCGGGGUCCACAGUGAUGCCUGAGUCACAACCUAUUCAACUAAAGUUUUGUUUUACAUACAUGCAUUAUAUAAAAGUACUUUCAAUACACACAUGUAUAAAGUGUAAAAU